ACAAGUUACAUGGCCUAGACCGAUUCGAGAACAAAGUAUAAUCUGUGAGACGAAUAAUAUUAUGUUAGAAUCAAUAUAGAGCUUCAUGACAAUAAUAAGGCUCCUGUGCGCUUCACAUUACUGUAUUACCACCAGUCAUCGAGUAGCACAUAUGGAACACAUCAUUUAGCUCCCUAUUGAGGUUUCCAUAACGUGACAAAUAGUAAUCAACGCAUUUUCUGUUCGAACCUAAGAGGAACAUCAUUGGCGUACGAGACACCCUCUGGGACUAGGCUUGGCUAGAUAAAUCUAUAGGCCCCCUAGAAACCAUGUGUUGUCCAAUUGUAUCGAAACAUUACCAAUCAGUUACAUUACAAACGCAUUUAGAUCAAACUUAACACUUAUUGAGUUACAUGUUACUAUGCAGACGAAUUAAGUCAUGAAUAAUCAGCUUGGAGUUCUUGUGGCUACACAAAAUUUUUGGAAGGAUUAUUCUUCGAUUUGCGUUUAGACUUUAACUCCAUCGGCAAGGUGCAAGAAGUCGCCUUUCAAAUUUUCCAUACGCUGGCUUCAAACCUCUGAAUCUGUUCGGAGACAUGAUCCUUCACAAGGGAAACAUAUAUACAAACAAGAUGUAAUGCAUGAAGUAAAUCUAAUUAUGAGUAUCGGGAAGCUAUAGGCCUAGUUGGUUUUAGUUGGGAGAAAAAGAAUUUGUGACCGUGGGAGGAUUUGGACCCUGGACCCUGAAUUUGGAAGGCGAGUAUUUAAACCAUCAAGCACAAGUCUGUAGAUGACAUACAAACAUUUUAACAGGCAUGGCGAUGAAUUUGGAGAAACAACGUGACCAAAAGUUACCAGAUAAUCUGACUUUAGCCAGAAUGAGAUUUCAAAGGGCAGUUCGAAUGAUCAUCAUCAAUACAAAGAUAAGUAGAAAAAUAGAAAGGUGUGAAGAAACAUCUCACAUGUUAUCUUUUGAAGUGUUUCACGAAGACCAAGAUAAUGAAGAAUCGAAAAUACUGACGUUUAAUAAGCAUUAUUUUACUUCAGAGAAAGAGGCAAAACUUCCACUUCAAGUCAAAAGUAUUCUCAGGCGGGACCAGAACGAUCGAACACAAGCGGAAUUGAAGAUCGCGUUGAGAGGCUUGCAGAGCUUAUCCUCUUUUGCCGAAUAUCCUCUGCAUAUGCAAGAGAAACUUGUACGAGUAGCCCAUCUAUUUACACUGGCAGCCAAUCGAGUUAUAAUACGGCAGGGACAUAGAGCUGAACAAUUUUAUUUUCUUAUACAUGGAACAGCAAUAGAAACUAACACGGAGAGGCAACCUGGAACGGAAAAUGAACGCACACGUAUUCAUCGAUUUCUUCGCAAAGGUGACUGUUUUGGCGAGGUGGAAUUGCUGCACGGUGUACAGAGAGCAUCAACAGUGACAACUAACUCACUUUGUGAAUUAUUAUCUAUUAAGAAAGAGGACUUCUUUGAAAUAUUCCUCAUGGUUGACAAGGUUACUGACGAACCAGCUCAUGUGGAAUUUGUCAAAUCGUUGCAAUUCAUGAAUGGAUGGCCAGUAGAAAAACUAGCUGCAAAUCCAAAAAUGUGCUUUCCUCACUUUUACAGGAAGGGUGAAGUCGUUGUUGAAGACUCCAAUGAUAAAGUAGAAUGGAUGUACAUUAUCAAGUCGGGUUCAUGUAGAGUACAGAUUCUGGUGGACAGAGGGCCCCCAUACAUCAAAAAGAAAAAGAACCUUACCGACAGAAACCUGUGUCUGGCAUCGAAGGGUUUGACUCCCCAUGCGAAAGUUGAUCAUAGACGAAAGAAGAAAACCGACUUUGAAUUUAUUACACUACAAACGGAGGCUGACAGCACUGAGCCGAGUAAUGGCGCUGUUGCGAUGGCACACAAGAAGAAGAGAGUCUUAGUACAAAUCGAUGAGUUGUUUCCUAAGGAUAUCUUUGUGAGCAAAGGUGCUGAAUGCGUUAUACUAAACAAACAAUUCUUCAUGGAAAAUUUGCCAAAGGAGCAACAGAAGGAGUUAAAGUCAUCGAUAAAACCUUACCCGGUUCUUGAUGUUAUUCAAAAUAGUGUCCGAGAUCAUCUUAAUUGGAAAAUCUUUAAAGAGAAAACAAUCCUCGAUAUAAUGGCGACAAAAAAACACUGAAUGUAGACCUACAUAAAGUUCCUAUCAAUUAUCAAUAGGUGACGCAAUUUUAUAAGUACUGUCUUUAUUAUUUAUUCUCAUUAAUUAUUUAUAUCAUUAUCAUUACCAUCAUCAUCAUCAUCAUCAUCAUCAUCAUCAUCAUCAGUGUUAAAAUCAUCAUUAUCAUUAUCUUCAACAUAAACUUUUAAUUUUUUCCAUAUUGGGUCUUUAAUGUAUAUUACAUAUUUUAUAUUGUUUACCAAUGUAACUGGGCCAUUUGAGAAAACUACUGAAUUAUAUCCAGUAAAUGACUACUAUAAAUAAAGAAUAGCAGAAUCACAAACAGAUUUAAUAAAAUAUUGUCGUAAAAAUGUAUCACACCAGUCCAUAUCUUGGCUAUAUGAAGUUCGUUUAGUCUAUGCUUGAAAACUACAAAUUGAGACCUAAUCCCACCCAUAUUGUAGACACCAGGGAAAUUUCACAACUUUACGCAAACGAUAUAAUAACGAAUACGAAUACGUCAUCAUUACCGGCAUCCGUGCCUAAAGCAUUCGCUAUUAUGCUGUACAAACUGAAUGCAAUCCUUGAUUGAUGCAAAGGACAUCAAUCGCGUACGUUGUGACAGGUAUGAAACCGUAGGGGAAGGGUUUUGAUGACGUAACCGUAUUCCUUAUUGUUUUCGUAAGCUUCCGAAAAUUCCCUAUUGUCCAGGUGAAGCCGUGAUACUAGACUUUGAAAAAGUAAUUGAUAAUCUGCAUCAAGCUGCUUAAAUGGUCAGAUUAUUGUCUACCUCCAUUUCGGUUAAAUCAUAGAACCACAUGGUUAAAAACUUUCAAUAAAACGUGAUCUGUUAAUGACUUUACUAUAAAUAGUACGUGUUAAAACUCCGUUAAUUGCCAAGGAACCUUUUUUUUUUCUUGUUCUAAUGAAUUUCAAAUAUAUAAAUUAAAGUAUUGUUCUUGAAUUUUCGUGCUUAAAUUAGAUUGUGGUUUAGCAGUAUAGGCUAUUUUUUUUACAAUUGCAAUGAUAUGAUCUUCCAUUUCUAUAUAGGCCUAUAUAGUGCAUAUUAAUAGUCUUUAUAUACAGUGGAGCUAUACGGUAGGGCGUCUGGAGCAGCAAGACAACCCUGUACAAAUUGAGCAAAAAUUAAUCUUCGAGCCUUUUAACCUCCUCUUCUUCUCCAUCAGCCCCCCCCCCGUGUUAGUAUUCCUAGACACGCCUCUGUCAUACAUGCUUUAAACAGAGAGAUUUAAAUAAUACCAUGAUCUACCGGAGGAAGAGUGAUUAGGUAAGUUUACAGGAACAAAAUCUGGCAAGCAUUUUGGCAGUCGUUCUUAUGAACCAACUUUACAUAACCACAUUCAUUUGUAUAUAUUGUCAGUUGUUGUUUUGUAACUGUUGUAGGCCUACAGGUCGAACCUCUCCUGCGCGAGAGUAUUCCUCUGUUAUAAAAGAGAGAACCAAUAAAUUUUAUCUUAUCUUAUCUUAUCUCACAUCAAUGUAGAACACAACUACCUUACCGCUACUAGCAAAACAAAAUUCAGUGGCAGUGGUUUUGUGUUCAGGCCUACUAUAAUCAUCUACAUGAAAAUAAUCAUUGUGAUGAUAUCAUGAAGAAUGCGAUCACGAUAUUUAAUUAAUUAAUUAAUUAUAACUAUCUUUCCGAUACAAUUUAUCGGUAAAUACCUUGGCGUUGCCAAGCAAGUAUGAAAUUCGGGCUGGGAAAUUGUGGACUUGAGACAGUUUUACUACAGCGCCACCCCUGGUAAAAAUGAUGAAAUUUAAUUAUGGUAUAAAAGUCUAAACUACAGCAGCCCUUGUUUUAAAUUACAUUGUAUUUUCAUAACAAAAUUAAUAUUGACUUGCUAAUAAAGAUUCAAAUAUUUUAUCCUAUUAAUAUACAUAAUAUGCCAAAAUCAUUACAAUCACAAGCAGAAAAAGGCCGUAAUUUGCUACGCCAAUAAUUGUUACUUUAAGCUAGCUCAGGCAUAGACCUAGUUUUGUCUCAUAUUUCAUGAUACAUCAUCGCAGUGUGUUUAAUAUUCGUCAUGUUAAUUAUGCAUCUCGAUAAAUCAGUAGUGCUUAAGUCGCAGCAUGAAUAUUCUUCCAUUAUUAAUGCAAUAUUUAUUGAUUGAUCUUCACUUCCAAGUUCCCUGGAGUAUCCUAGCGAGUAAUAAAUAAGGCAGAACAUCA